CUCGUACUCUCUCCCAAGUCCCAAUUCCAUCCGAUCUCGCUUCUGUUCGUCUCAUUUCCGCCCACCUUCUCACACAGAACGAAAGUCUCGCCGGCCGUUUCGUCCUCACACAGAUCGGAAACCAAGCUGGUCGCUGCGAGACUGCGAUCGACUCAGUCGGGUGUCGAACCCUUCUUCUCCAACAUACUCGACUGCCACCGCUCCUUUGCAGGCACCUCGAGCAAAGACAUACCCUUCAUCUUCUCGAAAAGCUGUCUUCUCCGAUGACCGUGAAAGGGUGUUAAUAUCCUCGAGCUGCAGAUAGGAUGAAGCUGAAGGUGGUCAGUCGAAAAUUGUAUGAUUAUGUAAGGUAUGAUCUGAAAGAAAUUGCUUUCCCUUCCUCUCUUCCUGAUCCUCCACAUAUCAAGAAGCGUAGGAAGCUCAGAUGGAUAGAGCGCUGGUAUAUUUUGAAGGAAGCAUCAAGGAUUUAUGCUGCCAGCUGGGUGCGGGACAUCGGCCCUGAUCUUAGGCCGAAUGACUACAAAAAGAACACAGAUGAUGACGGCAAUCUUCGCCGAGAUGCUACUUCAGCUGACAAGAAAGAGCCUUCAAUGUUGGAAGACCUUGCUAUUGCAGCUAGAGGUGGAAUGAAGACUUUAAGGCCUGCUCUGCAGCGCAUAUAUAUGACUCGUGCAUCGGCAUACAGAGAUGCACUAACAGGAUUCAUACAAGGGUAUCAAGAAGAAUUAAAGAGAGUCAUGGAAGGGGACAAAGUUGACAAGGUCCACAUUCAAGAUGAUGAUGCAAAGAAACCAAACUGAUGUCUAUUUGGAAGAACAAGGUAUGCUUAUCAGUUUUUGUUUUUCUCCGUUUUUUUCAAGGACAACAAAAGUUACCCAUAUAAACUCUAGUCUUCUUUCUUUCUUAUUUUUGUCAAUGACUCUUGUCCAAGUGCUUGAUUUUAUCAUGUUUUUUUUGGCUGAAAUGAAAAACUUACAAUGACAUUCAUAAA